CCCAAGCACUGAAAGUCAGUGCUCGAAGUGCACAAGUGCGCGGUAGUAGACACAGCCAGUGUGUUGCUGCUUAAUUGCUGGUGAUAUGAAAGAGUAAUUCAAAUGGUGCUUGUGUGUAUGGUUUUGUUGCAAGAAUUUAAUUUUUUAGAAAGGAGUGUUGCAGCGUUUCAUUGGGCAUAGAUGUGAGUUGUUAAUUUCCAAGUGCUAUCUGAUUGGCUUGUGUGUAGAGUUUUGACAUAACGAGCCAAAUUCUGCAAAAAGUGUGUGAGCAAUAGGAAAAAACUGUAACUGCGCAAUGUAUUUACACAUUGGUUCCACUAGAAGGAGCCAUGCAAACACUGUGCAGAGUAGACCGCGUCUGUCUUCUUUGGUUGUCUCCGAAACACGGUAGUACAGAAAUGGAUGGAGUCUGUCCUGACAUGUUUUGUAACUGAGAUUUUGCUAUACUAGCUAGCAUGCCCAUAGAUGGUAGCGAGGAUCAGGUGCCCCCAUCCAAAUACAGCGCUGCAUUCACCCGGGGAGAUGCAAAGGAGGAUGGGGCUGCCCAGGUCUCCAUCCAGGGGACCAGCGGGGAUUCUGAGCCUUCAGAAACCUGCCCAAACGACACUGGACCGAGCGAUCGCAGCAGUGGUUGUAAAAGAUCCAAGGCCCUGCUCCAGAUUAACCGUCAGUGUAUCCAGGCGGCAAGUGCCAGUUCUGGGGCUGCGGAACUGCAGGGCCUUGGCGUGGCGGUGUACGACCAGGAUGUUCUGGAACAGGGCGUGCUGCAGCAAGUGGACCAGGCCAUCCAGGAGGCUGGCCAGGCUGCAGCCAAGGCAGAGGCCGAGAAGGAGUACCAGUCAGUCCUGGAUGAUGUCAGGUCAUGCACUGCUGCUCUAAAGCACAUCAACAAGAUCAUAGACCAGCUGACUCCCUUCUCUGCCUCCAGCAAGGACAUCAGCAGGAAGGUGGAGUCCGUCAGACGCCAGAAAGAGAACAAGGAGAAGCAGCUGAGGAAGAUCAGGGCCAAGCAGCGGAGGCUGCAGGCGGUGCUGGGAGGAGAGGAUGCCCUCCGGGUGGAGACUGAGCUACUGGCUGAGGACGAUGGGGAGGAAGAGCCAGGCCCCUCCACCCUGGGAAGCAUGCUGAUGCCCUCCCAGGAGACCGAGUGGGAGGAGCUUAUCCGGACCGGUCACAUGACCCCGUUCGGGACCAGGAUCCCUCCAAAGGAGGAGAAGAAGAAGGAACCCAGGAAGCUGAUGCUGUCCGAGAACACCGGGUUCGACCUCUACCUGGCUGACCAAGCUCAGCUGGCCGGAAGAGGAAGAGAAGAGAAGAGGAAGAGACACACACCUCUGAAGAGAAAGAAGAUGGCAGUUGAGGGCGAUGGGAGGAAGAGCAGCGGGCAGUCAGUGUCCUCCUCUUCCUCUUCGCUAAAGGACAAGCUUCAGAACCGCAUUCGCAAGCUCCAGAGAAGUGCCUUAAGGGCCCAACCUAAGGCCAGGGCCAAGGGGGAGCCCCAGGCGCCCAAGCCCAGGAGGAAGCAGCGUGUCGGAGGAGAGGAGACGGACAGCGAGGGGUCUGAGUACCUGCCCAGUGAUGAGGGGAUGGACCUUGAGAAAGAGGAAAGGGAGGCCGCGGAGGAAGGUUGGGGAGGGGAGGAUGAGGAGGGGUACAGCCUGAAGCCCUACAGGACAAAGAGCGAUGGAAAAGGGACGAAGAAGGGGAAGAAUAAGAAGGAGGAGAGCGAGGAGGAGUAUUGCCCCAGCAGCUCCGAGGAAGAGGAGGAAAAUGGAAAAAAGGGACAGGAGAAGAAAUUCAAAGAUGACGGCGAUAUAGAGUUCUACAAACAGAGGAUACGGAAAUGGAAGAGGCAGCGGUUAAGAGAGAGGGAGGAGAGGAGAGAGAGAGGAGAGGAGGAGGAGGAUGACAGUGAUGCAGAGUUUGAUGAGGGGUUCAAAGUACCUGGUUUUCUCUGGAAAAAACUCUUCAAGUACCAGCAGACAGGUGUGCGUUGGAUGUGGGAGCUGCACUGUCAGCAGGCUGGAGGGAUUCUGGGUGAUGAGAUGGGAUUGGGUAAAACCAUCCAGGCCAUCGUUUUCCUCGCCGCGCUGAGCUAUAGCAAGCUCAGAACACGAGGGUGCAACUACAGGUACACGGGCCUGGGUCCUACUGUCAUCGUGUGCCCAGCUACGGUCAUGCACCAGUGGGUCAGGGAGUUCCAUACCUGGUGGCCCCCUUUCCGGGUGGCUGUCCUGCACGACACCGGCUCCUUCACCAGCAACAAGGAGAAGCUGAUCCCAGAGAUCGCAGAGUGUCACGGCGUCCUCAUCACUUCCUACUCAGCUGUGCGGAUGAUGCAAGACAGACUGCAGCGCCACAACUGGCACUACGUCAUCCUGGAUGAGGGACACAAGAUACGCAACCCCAAUGCUGGGGUCACCACUGCUGUCAAGCAGUUCCGUACUCCCCACAGGUACAUCCUGUCCGGCUCCCCCAUGCAGAACAACCUGAAGGAACUCUGGUCCCUGUUUGACUUUGUCUUCCCUGGAAAGCUGGGCACGCUGCCAAUCUUCAUGGAGCAGUUCUCUGUACCCAUCACCAUGGGGGGCUACAGUAAUGCCUCACCUGUGCAGGUCCAGACAGCCUACAAGUGUGCGUGCGUUCUGAGGGACACCAUUAACCCUUACCUGCUCAGACGCAUGAAGGCAGACGUCAAGGCAAACCUCAACCUGCCCGACAAGAACGAACAGGUUCUGUUCUGCAGGCUGACCGAGGACCAGCGCCACGUGUAUCAGAACUUCCUGGACUCCAAAGAAGUCUACCAGAUGCUGAAUGGAGAUAUGCAGGUAUUCUCGGGCCUCAUCGCCAUGCGUAAGAUCUGUAACCACCCAGAUCUGUUCUCCGGAGGCCCAUGUAUGCUGAGGAACAUUCCGGAAGACCAGAUGAAGGAAGAGGAGCACUUUGGCUACUGGAAACGCUCGGGCAAACUGAUGGUGGUGGAGUCUCUCCUCAGGCUGUGGUUCAAACAGGGCCACCGUGUGCUGCUCUUCACCCAGUCCAGACAGAUGUUGGAGAUUUUGGAGGUGUUCCUAAGAAAGAACAGCUACACCUACCUGAAGAUGGAUGGUACCACCACAAUAGCGUCCCGACAGCCUCUCAUCGCCCGAUACAACCAGGACAAGUCGAUUUUUGUCUUCCUGUUGACCACUAGAGUGGGGGGGCUGGGCGUCAACCUGACUGGAGCUAACAGAGUCAUCAUCUAUGAUCCUGACUGGAACCCCAGCACCGACACCCAGGCUAGAGAGCGUGCGUGGAGGAUUGGUCAGAAGCUGCAGGUGACUGUCUACAGACUGCUUACUGCUGGGACCAUCGAGGAAAAGAUCUACCACAGGCAAAUCUUCAAACAGUUCCUGACCAAUCGGGUCCUAAAGGAUCCCAAACAGAGGCGAUUCUUCAAGUCUAACGACAUCUAUGAGCUCUUCACCUUGUCUAACCCAGACGGGUCACAGGGAACAGAGACCAGCGCCAUCUUCGCAGGUACGGGUUCCGAUGUUCAAGCUCCAAAGAAGCCUGUGAGGUCAUCCUCACACAAGUCCAACCACUCCAGCCAUGCUCUCAAAAGUUCUCCAGCCAGUCACUUUGCUGCAUCUACUAGGAGCAAACACUCCUCUGCCAACCACAUUCCUGAAGACGGUUCCACCCGUCUCCAUAGUAUUGACUCUCAGAACCAAACAAAAAGGUUGAUUGACAGCCAAAGCCCCAAUCAGAAUGGGGCUAUGUCAACGGAUGGACAACACACACAGCACGCACACGCACAUCCGGACCUGGCGCAGAAACAUGGACCAAAACAUACAGGCUUAGACCAUGGUGCUAGUCCUGACACACACACACUCAGGGAUAAACAGAGACCCAGGGACCACACCCUUGUCAGCUCUCAGAAGCGCAGAGAGAAGAGGAAGCACUGUGACCAGGCCGACUCUGACGGACGCAGACAUGGGAAGCACAGGCGCCAGCGGGAUGCCAAGUUCGAAGGUCACCGCAUCCCUCAUCUGGUGAAGAGGAGAACCUUCCAGAAGGAGGAGGAGGAACAGGCGGUGACAAAGGACCAGAGGAAGAGUGAUGACUACGUCCUGGCUAAGCUGUUCAGGAAGUCAGGCAUCCACAGUGUGAUGCAGCAUGACUCGAUCAUGGAGGCAUCCAACCCAGACUUUGUCCUAGUGGAGGCGGAGGCUAACAGGGUGGCCAGGGACGCUCUCAGGGCCCUCAAGGUGUCACGGCAACAGUGCAGGCUGCCUUACAACAGACCUCCUCCACCACCUGCCAGGAAGCGUUUUGGUCAGAAGAAAAACUCUCUCCUGUCUGAGCAUACUGCUGUAGCUGCUCCAGCUCCUGACAAGUGCAAGGAUGCUGCCAUCAUAAAGAAGUCCAUCCUCAGAAAGACCACUCCAGGCUCCCUCUUCAGUGGGGAGAGUGGAGAGUCUACCUCCUCCCCCCUCUCCUCAUCCUCCUUGCUGGCCAAGAUGAAGGCCCGCAACCACCUCAGUCUGCCCGCCUGCCAAGAGGGAGAUGGGGGUGGUGAGGAGGAGGGAGGGGGGGAUGAAGGGGGUGCACGCAGCGCCACCCCCGCUCCCCCCACGGAGCACGACGAGCUGCUGGUGGACCUGCGUAACUUUGUGGCCUUCCAGGCCACUGUGGACGGGCAAGCCAGCACCCAGGAGGUCCUGGAGUACUUCACCCCCAGGCUGACCCAGCAGCAGACCCCCGUGUUCAGAGAGCUUUUACGCAACAUCUGUGACUUCCACAGGACACCCGGACAGGAGGGCACCUGGAGGCUGAAGGAGAACUACCGCUGAGGAGGGGAGGAGUAAAGGGUGUGGGGGGGGGGG